AUGAAAUUACAUUCUGAGUUUCAAAUUACAAAUCAUAGUCUUCCUCCGGAUGCCUCAUAUCCGUUUCAUAUCACUGCGAAGCGGUACAUCAAAUCUUUCGAAAAUGCAACACCAAGUCCUGGAUUUACUUUGAUUCUUUUACACUCUACUGGGUUUCACAAAGAGAUCUGGGAACCUGCCCUUGAAGAAAUAUGUAGCUUAUUACAAGAAGAAUCCAAAGGGAUAAUCUCCCAAGCUUGGUCGAUUGAAUGCCCGAAUCAUGGUGCUUCAUCAACUUUGAAUGAAGCAGCUUUAUCCUUGCCUGAAAACAAACUCAACUUUACUUGCGGCAAAUAUGCGCAAGCUGUUCACCGUUUUCUUUGCUCCGAUGCACUGGGUAUAGACUUCAAGGAACAUAAAUUGAUUGGUAUUGGCCAUUCGUUAGGAGGUGUAGCCAUGGCUAAUUUACAGACACUCUUCCCGAUUCUUCCUUUUCAGACAGUGAUAUUAGUUGAACCCAUGUUAAGCCCAAAAGGUCCGGAGGUCUUAGAAAAAUUACGUUAUGACCUAGUUCGUAGAGCGUAUGAAAGGCGGGAUGUAUGGCCGGAUAGAGAAACGGCCUUAAAAGCAAUGAAGGAACAUAAGCGGACGAGAAGUUGGGAUCCAAGAGUUUUAGAAACCUUUGUUAGAUACGGCCUGAAAACACAUCACGGAGCACAAUUUGAACAUACCCCUUAUAAGGGUGUUUCUCUCUGUUGUUCUCGAGAUGAAGAAGCGGCCAUGUACAGGGAUAGUGAUGGUCCCACAAAGCCUUUAAUACAUCUGAAUAAAGCAUGCGUCCGUUUACCCGUUCAUAUUGUCUUCGGUACAAGAAACGAUUAUAUUCCUCGAGAGGUUCACGAAUCAUUAAUAGAUCCUUCUUCAGCCAGAAGGUUUGCUUCAAUCUCGUAUAUUCCAGACUCGGGACACCUUAUACCUCAAGAAGCACCCAUAGGGCUUGCGAAAUGUGUUGUUGGUAUCAUACUAGAGUUUCAAAGGAGUCCAAUGGAUAAGAGAAAGGUCGGAGUUUUGGGGGGUGGUCAGUUAGGGCGGAUGUUAGCAGUUCCAGCCUCACUCUUAAAUGUAGAUAUUGUAUUUUUGGACUCCGACGAGCAGGCUCCAGCAAAGCAAGUAAUUUCUUCUCCGAUUGGACAUAUUCAUGGCUCUUUCUCAGAUCCCGACAAGAUACGUGAACUUGCUGCGAAGGUAGACGUCCUUACUAUCGAGAUUGAGCAUGUGGAUGUUGCUGUACUCGAGGAGUUGGAAAGAACAUCUCAGGUUGAAAUACAUCCAAGCCCUAAAACUAUUAAGAUAAUACAGGAUAAAUAUGUUCAAAAGUCUCAUCUGUCCGCUCAUCAGCUGCCCGUAGCAGAAUACUUAGAGGUCGAUUCUUCGGUAGAAGGUAUUCAAGAUGUCUCAACUAAGCUAGGCCUUCCCAUGAUGCUGAAAAGUAAAACUAUGGCUUAUGAUGGAAGAGGAAAUUUUGUCCUAAGGGAUUUGUCUCAAUCAAAAGAAGCUAUCGAAGCUCUUGGUAAUCGACCAUUAUAUGCAGAACGCAUGGUUUCUUUAGCCAAGGAAAUCGCUGUCAUGGUUGUCCGAACAACCUCUGGGGAGGUAGUCCCUUAUCCCGCUGUAGAAACGGUACACAAGGACAACAUAUGUCAUCUUGUCUAUGCACCCCUCCGCUAUCCUAAUCCGAUAGUCUCUGCACGGGCCCAGAAGCUUGCCGAAGAAGCUGUUAAAACCCUUCAUGGAGCCGGUGUAUUUGGAGUUGAGAUGUUUCUUCUAGAGGAUGAAACUAUUCUUAUCAACGAAAUUGCUCCACGUCCUCAUAAUUCUGGUCAUUACACGAUAGAAGCCUGCUACACAUCACAGUACGAAAACCACCUUCGUGCCAUCCUUUCAUUACCACUAGGGGCGACCGCAAUGAAACUACAGAGUGCCGUCAUGCUUAAUUUAUUAGGUUUCUCAGAUAAUAGCGAAGAUAUCAACAAAGUGGCUCGAAUUGCCCUGCAAACUCCCGGUGCCUCUGUACAUCUUUAUGGAAAACGGGAGAGCAGAAAAGGUCGGAAGAUGGGGCAUAUCACCAUAGUAGGUGACAGCGAUGCAACUGUGUCAGAAAACCUUCGUUAUCUCCUUCAAGCACUCCCCGAUUCAACUCCAGAAUCUAUAGAAUGUUAUUCCCCUUCUAUACCAAAAGCGGGUUCAGGGCAGUCAGCAAAGUAUCCUUUGGUCGGUAUCAUUAUGGGUUCAGAUAGCGAUCUACCCGUGAUGCUUGCAGCUGCACGCAUUCUUGAUGGUUUUCGGGUACCAUAUGAACUCACAAUCGUUUCCGCACAUCGAACACCUGACCGUAUGUUCCAAUAUUCCAAGACAGCAGCUACCCGUGGUCUGCGUGUAAUAAUAGCAGGCGCAGGCGGGGCCGCUCAUUUACCCGGAAUGGUUGCAGCUAUGACUCCUCUUCCAGUGAUUGGAGUCCCAGUGAAGGGGAGCUCACUCGACGGAGUGGACUCACUACACAGCAUUGUUCAGAUGCCGAGAGGUAUACCAGUGGCAACUGUAGCAAUUAACAAUGCAACAAAUGCAGCACUUCUUGCAGUACGGAUAAUCAGUGCAAGUGUACCUCAACUAGCUGCGGCCAUGAGUGAUUACAUGAAAAAGCAGGAAGAAGACGUGAACGCAAAAGUUGAUCUUAUCAAAAAUGUUGGAUGGGAGAAGUAUGGUAAAUAA